AUGACUGAUACUAUGACCAUCAAUUCAUUCUAUGAGCAACCAUGUUCAAUAGAUGCUCAAGUUAUUUCAAAAAUUUCUGAAAAAAUCCUACCUCGAAUUCAUGAUCAAGUACAUAAACUCACUAUUGAAGAAUUUUCAAUUAAACCAAUUCUUCUUGCUGCCAAUUAUCCUCAACUUUAUUCAUUAUCACUUAUUAAUUUUCAAGAAGAAAUGCUUUAUCAACAUUUAACAGGUAUUGCAUUUAAUUCUAUUCGUUAG